AUGGCCGCCAUGGAAAUGCACUCAUUGGGCGCGCGCUCACUAAACCACGCGUCCGCCGAUACAGAAGCCGAGUACGACCGUCUCCGCGACCUCGCGCGCCAAGAAGCCGCAAAACGCUCCUCCUGCUUCGACAAAGCCCACCAAGCGUACGAAUCCGGCGAUGGAGCGCGCGCCCACGAGCUUUCUGAAGAAGGCAAAGCCCACGCCGCGAAGAUGGACCAAUACAACCGUCAAGCGCGCGACUACAUCUUCCGGGAGAACAACGCCGAGGGCAGAGUCGCAGGCGACACCAUCGAUCUCCACGGCUUGUUCGUCGAAGAGGCCGAGGAUGUUCUGGAAGAGAGGAUCAGAGUUGCGAGACAGAGAGGAGAAGGCCAUCUACACGUUAUUGUGGGCAAGGGCAACCACAGCAGGAACCAUGUCCAGAAGAUCAAGCCGCGAGUCGAGCAGGUGUGCCGUGAAUUGGGAUUGCAGUAUCGCACUGAGGAGAACGAGGGUAGGAUCUUUGUGAAUCUGCAGGGUGGUGAUGUGCAUGAGAUGCCGCCGCCUCCUCAGGCUCCGAGCUAUGGAGGAUAUCCUGGACAACAUGGCGGACAACAUGGUGGUCAGCACGGUGGUCAACAUGGCGGCCAGCAACAUGGAGGUCACCAGCAGCAUGGUGGUCAACAACAUGGUGGCCAGCAGCAUCAUGGACAACAGCAGGGUCAGAACGAUGAGAUUGAGCAGAUGGCCAAGAAGGGCUUGUCUAGGUUGCUCAAGAAGCUUGGGUGCUGUACGGUUAUGUAA